AUGACUUUCUCCAGCCUGUGCUAUCCAGACUGUGGGAUGGCCCGACCCAGUCCAGUCACUGGCAGCUGCAACGAGCCAUGCGUUAGGCAGUGCCCUGACUCUGAAGUGUUGAUCAGACCCUCACCGGUUGUCGUGACCCUCCCGGGACCAAUUCUCAGCAAUUUUCCUCAGCACACUGGAGUGGGAGCCAUAGGAGCACCUGUGGUCGGACCCGGUUUUGGGGGCUCAUUGGGUCAUGGGGGAUUGUACGGCUAUGGAGGCCCUUAUGGAGGAUUGUAUGGUUUAGGGGGAUACGGUGGUUAUGGUGGCCGUUACGGUUAUGGGGGAUUAGGCAGUUACCUGGGCGGUUAUGGUUAUGGGGGCUUAUGUGGUUCCGGGCUUUACCUCCAUUCCAGAAACAUGACGUUUUCCAGCCUGUGCUAUCCAGACUGUGGGGUGGCCCGACCCAGUCCAGUCACUGGCAGCUGCAACGAGCCAUGCGUUAGGCAGUGCCCUGACUCCGAAGUGCUGAUCAGACCCUCACCGGUUGUCGUGACCCUCCCGGGACCAAUUCUCAGCAAUUUCCCUCAGCACAGUGGAGUGGGAGCCAUAGGAGCACCUGUGGUCGGACCCGGUUUUGGGGGCUCAUUGGGUCAUGGGGGAUUGUACGGCUAUGGAGGCCCUUAUGGAGCAUUAUAUGGUUUAGGGGGAUACGGUGGUUACGGUGGCUGUUAUGGUUAUGGAGGAUUAGGCGGUUACCUGAGUGGUUAUGGUCAUGGGGGAGUAUGUGGUUCUGGGGUAUCUCACCAUAGAUACCUCAGUGGAGGCUGUGGGCCAUGCUAA